GAUCUUCCUCGCUAUCUGGAUGCCAUGUGGGUGUUGUCUGGAGAGUCCGGACGUGUAAGUGAGUCCUUGACAAGACGCAAGCCUCAACAAUGUCCGAGACGGCGCCAACUACAGCUACGCCCGUUAUGUUGGAUCAUGAGCCACACACCAAUAUCCCACACCACGCAGGGGUAGAUUUGGAUCCUCACACUAAUCUCGAGCCUCUGGCUGACCUUAUCAGGGACAGAGUCUACAUGGACUACAAUGCCACUACGCCCCUGGAACCUGAGGUGAUCAGUGCAGUAACUGAUGCUUUACGUUUUGCCUGGGGUAACCCCAGCAGCACGUAUCUACCAGGUUUGAAGGCCAAAGAUAUCAUUAACCAGUCCCGAGACAGCAUAGCAAGAAUGGUUGGGGGGAAGGCGGAGGAUAUCAUAAUCACCUCAGGGGGCACUGAGGCUAAUAACAUGGUGGUCCAUUCUGCGGUGGAGCAUUUCUGGAAAAGCUGCGUUGCGGAGAAGGGGGCCCGGGAGAGAGGGCACCUGCUGAAUGGGAGCAGGGUCCUUCCUCACAUCAUCACCUCCAAUGUGGAGCACGACUCCGUCAAAAUCCCGGUGGAGAACCUAUUAAAAACGGGGAGGGCAGAUGUCACCUUUCUGCCCGUUUCCAUGGUGACUGGGCGGGUGGAAGCGGAGGAUGUGGUCUCUGCGAUGCGUCCCACCACCUGCCUGGUGUCGGUCAUGCUGGCCAACAACGAGACAGGAGUCAUCAUGCCUGUCAGGGAGAUUUGCGAGAGGGUGCGAGCAGUGAAGAGACCAGCGUUUUCUCCCAGAGUGCUCCUGCACACAGACGCUGCUCAGGCCUUCGGAAAGAUCCACGUGGAUGCACAGGACCUGGGUGUAGACUACAUCACCAUAGUCGGGCACAAGUUUUACGCCCCUCGAAUCGGUGCCUUGUUCGUGAACGGUCCUGGGACAUCAACCCCCAUUCACCCUCUGCUGUACGGUGGUGGUCAGGAGCGCAGCUUCAGACCUGGGACUGAGAACACACCUAUGAUUGCUGGUCUGGGAAAGGCCGCUGAGCUGGUGACCACAAACCUAGCAGCGUAUGAGUCUCAUCUCCUGGACAUCCGACUCUACCUGGAGCAGAGGCUUCUGGCUGUGUUUGGAGAGGAGAAGGUUCGUUUCAACAGCCAUUUCCCCGGCUCUGACACACUGCCCAACACGUGCAAUGUGUCCAUUCUGGGUCAAGGGCUUCAAGGUUACCAAGUGCUGUCCACCUGCCGGAGGCUGUUGGCCAGCGUGGGCGCUGCCUGCCACUCUGACCGGGGGGAUCAGCCUUCGCACGUGCUCCUGAACUGUGGGGUCCCAUACCACGUGGCAGCAAAUGCCCUGAGGAUAAGUGUGGGCAGACAGACAUCUCGGCAAGACGUGGACGUGGUGGUGGCGGACCUCCGGGACGCGGUGGAGCAUUUGGAGCAGAUGAACUAGAGCCUCGAUCGUGUGGCGCAGGACUCGCUCCACCCUGAUGGAGUUCUGACUUCCUGCUCUGCCUCUCACUGUCCUGGGUGUUGGUUAGGGAGGAAAGAAGAUACAAGGGAACUAAUCAUGACUUGAAGGGACCAUUUACCGCAAGUGUGGAGAUGAUAUUUUCGUAAACAGGUCAAUUUUGAAGGGGUUUAACGGUUUUAUUUUAUAUUUAUAUUUUUUUAGAUUCUACUUCCAAAUGCUUUGGAAUGUUGCACAUGUGUUAUGGGGCAGAUAUUGUAUGACCUAAAUGCAAUAAUAAUUUAAGGGACUGUUACUGGGCUGGGUAUCUUAAAGUUACAUGAAAUAUUUAUUAAUGUGAUGAAUAUGUAUUGUCAAAGUCUACACCCUGAUGGAAGAACUUAAGCGAGUUUGGAUUUGAACUUGUUGUUUUGAAAAACAGCAGUAGCUGUGGUAGGUUGCAGUAAAAUGUAUGUACACCAUAUGUCUGUUAGCAGUGUUGUUGGACAUGAUGUUGGACUUUUCUCUUCUGAUUAAAGAUCAAAACCAAAUCACA